GGUGGAACAGCCCCAUCCCUGUGACCGGCAGGGAGUUAGUGUGUCUUGCUGGAGGGGACAUCAGCAGCUACAGAGGUGGCAGCAGUGUCAGUGCGCAUGCUGUUGAUCUAAAACCAUCCAUAAGCUGAAGCGCAAACAUAAAAUCAAAAAAGUACAUGCUGCCUUUUUGAUACAUUUUGCGAAUGAAAUGGAUGAAAAGACAUUCUGGUAUGGACCCUUUUUUGGUUUGGAUCCCAACGCCCCCUUGCGGUGCAGCUCUCACUUCCGUGACGUCAAUUCAGCACUGAGAAGGAGACAGCUCCCACUCCUCCCCCCCCCCCAAAAAAACCCAGAGCGCCUCACGUUGCAUGGGUCCCCGGUUAUUGAUAACACCGUUUACCCGCUGGGAUCCUUCCCAGUAACGUGAAAAACUCGUGGAAAUAGUCGCUGGGACCCGGAGAGGCUGCCCGAAACGGAGGAAAACAACAGCCAGCUCAGUGAGGCGGACAAAUACAAAGCCGAGCCCACCCUCUCACUUGACAACGCGCCAUCAACCAAGCCAGAAAGGCAUUUUCCCAUCUCUUGCCCCUCCAUCCCCCCUAACCUGCGGUGUUGGGGAAACCCCUGAUGAGUGGGACCUGUAUCCAUGAGCCCCGUGCCCCUUCCCCUUCCCUGUCAGGCUUCAGCACUCCUAUCUCAGAACCCCCCUAUCGGCGACUCGAUGGAGACACCCCUGCCUGCACCCCCGAAACGGACCUGACCCCCACACAGUGUGUGCUUCGUAACGUACUGUCAAUUGAACCCACUGUACACGGGGCGCCAGGAGGCAGCAGCCCAAGUCCCAGUGAUGGAUGCACAGCCCACUUCGACAACAGUGUGCUGAAACUCCAUGAACAUGAAGACUGCCAGUGUGGUGGCAGUGGCGGGGCCGAGGCGGGCCACAGUCCGGAGGCUGGACCUGUACGGAGCCAGGCAGAGAACAUUAGGCUCCAGUCAAGCAGUGGAGGAUUUUUGGAGGGACUAUUUGGCUGCCUGAGACCAGUCUGGACCAUGAUUGGAAAAGCCUACUCCACUGAACACAAACAUAACCAGGAAGCAUCCUGGGAGGUUCCCUUUGAGGACAUUUCUGACCUGCAGUGGGUGGGCAGCGGGGCGCAGGGGGCCGUCUUCCUUGGGAAGCUGCACGGAGAAGAGGUGGCUGUAAAGAAAGUGCGGGACAUCAAAGAGACAGAGAUCAAACACCUGCGCAAACUCAAGCACCCAAAUAUCAUCACGUUCAAAGGUGUGUGCACCCAGGCUCCAUGUUACUGUAUCCUGAUGGAAUACUGCGCCCAAGGCCAGCUGUAUGAGGUGCUGAGGGCAGGCCGUAAAAUCACCCCUUCCCUCCUGGUUGACUGGUCCAUGGGCAUCGCAGGCGGCAUGAACUACUUACACCUCCACAAAAUUAUCCACCGAGACCUAAAAUCCCCGAACAUGCUGAUCACACACGAUGACAUGGUGAAGAUUUCUGACUUUGGCACCUCAAAGGAGCUCAGUGACAAGAGUACUAAGAUGUCGUUUGCCGGCACUGUUGCCUGGAUGGCUCCUGAAGUCAUUCGCAAUGAACCAGUGUCUGAAAAAGUGGAUAUCUGGUCCUUUGGAGUGGUGCUGUGGGAGAUGCUAACUGGGGAGAUUCCUUACAAAGAUGUAGAUUCUUCUGCAAUCAUCUGGGGCGUGGGAAACAACAGCUUGCAGCUGCCUAUUCCUGAGAGCUGCCCCGAUGGCUUCAAGAUCCUCCUCAGACAGUGCUGGAACUGUAAACCCAGAAAUAGGCCCUCUUUCCGACAGAUCCUCCUUCAUCUGGAUAUAGCGUCAGCUGAUGUACUCUCCACCCCACAGGAAACAUACUUUAAGUCUCAGGCUGAAUGGAGAGAGGAGGUGAAACAGCACUUUGAGAAGAUUAAAUCUGAGGGCACUUGUCUCCAUCGGCUCGACGAGGAACUGAUUAACCGCCGCAGGGAGGAGCUCAGACAUGCUUUGGACAUUCGUGAACACUAUGAGAGGAAACUGGAGAGGGCCAAUAAUCUUUACAUGGAGCUCAGUGCUGUGAUGCUGCAGCUGGAGCUUAAAGAGAAAGAAUUGCAGAGGAGAGAGCAGUCUUUGGAUAAAAAGUACCCUGGGUUGUUUAAGCACCACAGCUCCAGACAGAGCACCUCCUCCAACUCCAUGGACAAGCUCAUCAAAAAAAGAAAUGUCCCUCAGAAACUACCCUCCGGAAAAAGGCCAGACAUCCUGAAGUCUGAGGUAAUCCUUCCCAAAAUGGAUUCCUCUGUGAUGCAAGUCACUAUCCCAGCCUGCCCCAACAGGAGCUCCACUUCUCCCAGCCGGUCUCGGAGAGUAAAGACCCGCCAUCGCAAGCCCGGUAAGGGCAGCAGUGGGGACCUAGCUGGUCUCAAGGCAAACCAGUCCUCCUCUAACAGGGAGACAACAGCGCAAGUUAACAAUGCCACAACCAACAAUUCCAAACAGCUCCUUGAACCAUCGGCAGCCCUGCGGGAACUCAGCCAUGAGCAGCAGCAGAGACACCUGUCCUCUUCCAGCCCUGACCUCAUCUGCACCACGUUGGAGGCGGAGGGCCAGGGGAAAAGAGAGCCCUCUGUGAGUGGGCUGGAGAGAGGGGGCAGCCUCAGCGCCUCUGCUGGGUUAGGGGGGUCGGAAGGAGGGGCAGCGGGUCUGGAUGAUCUCACAGAAACCCCUCCGCGCAGUGACACUCCCAGCGAGGAUGCUGCAUCAUUCCCCUUCUCCAGUAGCCCAGACUCACCAUGUGGGAGAGGAGCAGCAGCUGGAAGAGGAUCCCUAGGAUCUCCUCGCCUUCCUCAUGAUGGGGAGGACAAGGACGAGGGAGCCAGCGCUGUGAGAAUACCUCGGGGGGCUUCGGGGGGGAUCGGGACUCAGCAUCUCACACCUUCAGCCAUUUUGUACAGGGCAGCUAUCACACGCAAGCAGAGGCGUGGGGUGUCAUCCGAAGAAGAGGAGGGUGAAGUUGACAGUGAGGUUGAGUUGCCACGGAGACGGCGUCCGACCAGCAUCACCAAGUGCCAGUCGGUUUCUACCUUCAGUUCAGAAAACCUCUCAGUAUCGGAUGGCGAGGAGGGCCACACCACUGACCACUCUCACAGUGGCACACCCGACGUGGUCAGCACGAACACAGACGACAGGCUGGACGACCGCAGUGAUGACCUCCUCUCUCAGGGGUCGGAGAUCCCAGCAGACAACACUGAUCCUGCACAGGCUUCUGACGGCUUGUCAGAGAGGGACGGCACUCCAGGCCAGAGCAAAGCUCAGCUGGAUGCUGGGCAGAAUCCCAAUGAGAGCCGGGCCUUGUGUGAUGAUUCUGACUGUGAUAGCGCUGAGCUGGACCAGUCAGGCAGCGGAGAGCCCAGUCGACCCCCCAGUGCUGGAGCAUGGGUGUCGCCAUCCCAACCCCAUCAGGGGUCUCCACAAAUGUCCCACACAGGACAUCCUCCGUAGAUCACCAGACACAAAGACAAAGACCUCCAGCCACCCUACAACGAACAACCACCACAGGCGCACACCAAUCUGUCAGUGCAGUACAUUACUGUUGCCAUGAAGGAUCACACCUACUACGGCACUCAGACAAUGACAAGUAGGCUUAUGGUGUCUCAUGAGUUUGUUGGCAGGCAAACCUGGAUCAAAUGUCAUAGACAGACAUUUAUAACACGACAGAUAUAAUCAGAUACUGUAUUUUGGCAGCUUGUGACCUCAGUUAAAUGUCAUUUACGUUAAGUAGGGUUGUUUUUAGGGGAAAUAGCUACCACGGUAACCUUAGGCACUAUGCCAAUUCAGCAAAAACCCAUCAUUAGAUGUGCAUGCACGCACAAGAAGAUACUACUCUUUAAAGUAGUCCUUAAAACACUUUAACCCUCACUCUGGGAGCAUCCUCCAUGAUUCUCCACACUCUAAUGCAUAAAAUUAUAAUGAGAAAUAAUGUAAAUAUACAGUACGUACCAUAAGAAAUGUCUAACUUUAUUUUAUAUGUAAGAUAAAAUGUAAGACUAAACUGUAUGCAGCCCUGUGAACAAAUGCAUGACUACAUGUUUUUAUAAUUUAUGGUUUGAAUGUGUCUGUUUUCUAUUUUGUGAAAGUUUACACUUUUUUAAUCCUGAAAGUCUUACUUUAGUUAUCUACAUUUUUGUUUAAUAAAUGUCAGCAUCACAAAAAAAAAUCUACAAUCAAUCAAACCAUCAUGAAAACACUGAUCAUGAAGCAUAAACAGGGAUUUCAGUAGAUGAUGCAUUAUUUUUGAACUCUUAUGGAGUUUUAAACUAAUUUAUGACACACAUAAGGUUUUAUUGGGUUCAGUAAACCAGCAACAAGACGAAAGACUUUAGUGUUCAUUUAAAACGCACCUCUAACAUUUUCAACUUGACCUGGUUUGUUAGUUAGGCACUACACUACAAGCAUAAAAGAUCUGCACAGAAUCUUGUUUUUGAUUUCCUCAACUCUAAUUCAAAGUGCUGUAGCUAACAGAAAAUAUUCUCUGAAAUCCAAAAAUCUAUUUAAUUUUACUGCCUUAAAACAUUUUAGAAGGGCCAGGGAUAUUUUCUUUUUUCCACCAACUCCUCUAAGUUGUACAAAUUUUUUACUAAUGUUAAUGACACCUCACCUGUGCAAGCUGCUAAUGCUGACGUUUUUUUGGGCCUGCUUAACUAAAGAAUUUAAACAUUUUUAGCACUGCACUUUGUCCUUGCUGACCAAUAUCACAUUUAUAAAGUCAAAAUGAUUAGUUUUGGAGCUGAGAUAUCUUCUUUAAUUUUAAUUUCACAAAUUCUUCUCACUUGUAAAAUCUGGCACUAAUGUUAAUCACAACACACUUGGUGCUAGCUGCUAAUGCUAACUGAAGUUUCAUUUUGACCUGCUGAACCUAAGAACUGAACACUUUUAAUACUGCACUUUGUCCUUGCUGAUCACAUUCAUAUAUGAAAACUGAUUUUUGAAAUAAGAAUAUAUUUUUUAUUAUUUUCACCAAUUCUGCUCUAGCAUUCAUUACAAUACAACCUGUGCCAGUUGCUAAUGCUAACUGAAGUGCUAUUGGCCAGCUAAAAUAAAGAACUUAAACCUUUUAGUACUGCACUUUGUCCUUACCACUUCCAUAAAUGAAAACUCAAUUUGUUUAAACAAGGAUAUAUUUUUAAUUUUUAGCAAUUUUUCUCACUUGUAAAAAAUUUGGCACUAAUAUUAAUUACAGUGCACACUGUGUUAGCUGCUAAUGGUAACUAAAGUCUUUUCGAGUUGAACUAAGGAUGAACUAAAGAACUUAAUUAGAAUUAUUUAGAAUUAAUUAGAAUUUUUAGCAUGGCACUUUGUCACUGUUGACCAAUAUCUAAUAAUGAAAUCUUAUUUUGUUCAAGCAAGGAUAUAUUUUAACAUAUUUUAUUUCAACAAUUCUUCCUCAUUUGUAAAAAUGUGCUGUCAACAUUUAUUAUAACUCACACUGUGUUAGUUGCUAAUGUUAACUGAAGUUAUUUGGUUCAUUUGAACAGCUUUAGUUAGUCUAAAGAGGCAGCAAAGUUGUUAAUACAUUAAAGUAACACAAUUAAACACACAGUUGUUUUCUAACUCCAUAUGUAAAAUUUUAAAUUUGUGAACUGCAACAAGACUAGGUUGGUUAGAUUCAAUUCUUGUGCAGCCAGUUGUUAAGAUAUGAAAAACCAUCUGAACUGUAAUUUGAGCUACACAAACUUCAAAGGAAAAUUUGGGCUCUUUAUGUCAUGUGACUACAGGGUUAGCAAAGGGCUUAUAACCUUGGCAGGGUGCACAAACACUUCCAAGCCUGAACGUUUCCAUUUAUGUUGAUGUUUCAUGAAAGCAGCAUUAAAAGUCACAGUAGUACUCAGAAUCUGAAUAUUAAUCAUCGUAAAUUAGGAGAUGAUCUUUUUUUUGUAAUGAACCAAAAGACCUCCUCGGACGUCAUGAUGUUUGCAGGCCUCAAGGUUUCCUUUGACCCUUUAAGAUGACUGUAGGAGUAGCUAAAUAAAGAGUAGAGCACUUCUCCAUGGUGGUUUCUAGAAAGCUAAGUAUCCGUUGGGUUUAAGUAUCCAUUUUGUUUUUAUACAGCAUUGCACAUUGUACCUGUACCAUAGAAAUUAUAUCAAAAGUGGAAUAUAAUGAGCAAAAGUAAAUAACGUAUUGAUUAAAAACAAAUAUGUGAACUUUAAAAACAAGAGGCCAUGUUAUAGCUACAGUUUGUGCUGUGUCAUGUGAGACAGCUGAACGAGAAAUAAAUUAUUUUCAAUGACUUUAAGCAUGUCCAAAAUGUUGCAGUGUCAUUUCUUGUAUGAUGAAUUCACCCUUCAGAAAAGCAAGGUAAUUGAACAGUUUUUAACAAAUCAUGAGCAUAAUCAAAAACUGAAUUUAUUGCAGGAACUCUGUAAAAAAAAUGUAACUCUUAUAAAAUCAUUAGUCACACUGUUUUUGAUGUUUAUGGGUUACAGCUAAUAAAAUCUCCAAAUUCAA